CAUUUAUGUUAUGCGUUAUGCAAAAGUGUGUGCGGGGGCCUUUAAAAUUUAUGACGUGUUUAACGUUAGCAAAGUUAGGUUAGGUUAUCACGUUGGAAGUCAUGGCGCUUAUUUCUACAAGAGCAAUUUUUAGCCCCGUAUUGAGGCAAACUCUGAGGCAGAUUAUCUUUGCGAAGCAAUUGCCGAAAUGUCAGCGUCGCCAAUUGAACAGUCGACUGUUUCUUCCAACUGUUACGAGCCAGAGAUUCUAUGCAGAGAAGAAGAUAUUCAACCGUGAUAAACCACAUUGCAAUGUAGGCACUAUUGGUCAUGUAGAUCAUGGCAAAACCACUUUAACAGCAGCUAUUACCAAAGUAUUGUCUGAGAAGCAGUUAGCAAAAGCUAAAGGAUAUAAUGAGAUUGACAAUGCUCCUGAGGAGAAGGCUCGCGGUAUUACCAUUAACGUUGCACACAUCGAAUAUCAAACAGAAGAUCGUCAUUAUGGACACACAGAUUGUCCAGGUCAUGCCGAUUAUAUCAAAAACAUGAUCACAGGAACCGCUCAGAUGGAUGGCGCUAUAUUGGUCGUCGCUGCUACGGACGGCACAAUGCCACAAACUAGAGAGCAUUUGCUUCUUGCUAAACAGAUUGGUAUCAAGCACAUUGUUGUAUUUAUUAAUAAGAUUGAUGCUGCUGAUGAAGAAAUGGUAGAGUUAGUAGAAAUGGAAGUACGAGAGUUAUUUUCAGAAAUGGGUUAUGACGGCGAUAAUAUUCCGAUAGCGAAAGGUAGUGCACUCUGCGCGCUCGAAGGAAAGAAGCCUGAAAUAGGUGCACAGGCUAUCUUACACCUGUUGGAACUGGUAGAUAAACAUAUUCCGACUCCAAUAAGAGAACUGGAUAAACCUUUCUUACUUCCGGUAGAAAACGUAUAUUCUAUUCCUGGCAGAGGUACCGUGGUCACUGGUAGAUUAGAGCGCGGAAAAAUAAAAAAGGGAACGGACUGCGAGUUUAUCGGUUACAAUAAAGUUUUUAAAAGCGUGAUCACAGGUAUAGAAAUGUUCCAUCAAAUAUUGGAGGAAGCACACGCCGGAGAUCAACUUGGUGCUCUAGUGAAAGGUUUAAAGAGAGAUGAAAUAAGGAGAGGUAUGAUAAUGUGCAAACCCGGUUCUAUGAAGGCAUAUGAUCAUAUAGAAGCACAAGUGUACAUGUUGAGUAAGGAAGAAGGUGGCAGAAAAAAACCGAUUGCGAAUAUGAUACAACUACAGAUGUUUUGUAGAACAUGGGACGUUGCAGCCCAGUGUACGAUAGUGGGGAAGGACUUGGCUAUGCCAGGAGAAGAUAGCACAUUAAUAUUAAAAUUGAUAAGACCAAUGGUAUUGGAGAAAGGACAGCGUUUUACGUUACGAGAUGGAAUGGUAACUCUAGGAACUGGCGUUAUCACUAAUACCUUGAAAAAACUUACGGACCUUGAGCGACAAGAACUUCUCGAGGGCAGGAAAGGGCAACAGAAAAAGGAAAAAAAAGCACAAAAAAAUUAGUUGAGUCGAUAAGUAUUUGUUACAGAAUAAAACAGAAUUGUGCUAUAUAAUAAAAAAAAAAGUAAUCCAGAGUCAGAUCCUAAUCGAAACUUUCAAAUGAGUGUCUAACCAAAAUAUCCGACAUUUCAUUGAAUCGAUAGAUUUGGUAGUUGCUUAAGAUAAGAUACCAGUGUAGAUUAUAUAAUAAUAGAGAUUAUAUAAUUUCAUAAUUGUUUAAAGAAAUGUUUGUCGCUACAUUACAAAUUUUAUAAUUUUAUUCCUUAACAAAGACCAAAUGUGGCUUAAUUUGAAGAUUGA